AUGAAUAACUGCUUGGAGGUUACUGUGAAUGGAUCAACUCAAACAGUCAUCCCUUCUAAACAAGAGUUUUUUCACGGAGCAUACAUCACAGCUGAAGUAACGAUAUCCAUUCUGGCUAUAACCGGAAAUCUACUGGUUUGCAUUGCGGUGGGACGCAAUAAGAAGCUUCGUACCGUCACCAACUACUUCUUGGUUUCUUUGGCAGCAGCUGAUUUAUUUGUAGGUACACUGGCCAUUCCCUGUGCUAUUAUGACAGACCUGGGUUUCCCCCACAAUAACCUAUACCUGUGUGCUACUGUCUUGUACAUGCUUAUCAUGCUAACCCAGAGCUCUGUCUUCAGCCUGCUAGCGAUAGCCAUUGAGCGCUAUGUUGCCAUCCUGUUGCCGUUCCACUACCAAAGGCUCUUAAAGCCAAGGAUUGCUAGGCUAGUCAUACUGCUAACCUGGAUUCUUGCUUUUCUUUUGAGCUCAGUGCCACUGCUAGGCUUUCAGAAGCGAUCCAGUCAUAUCAGCUACUGCUUCUUUGCCUGUGUGGUGGACAUUGCCUUCAUGGUCUACUUCAACUUCUUUGGUUGUGUUCUAAUUCCCCUGCUGACCAUGUUUUUUAUUUAUGUUCACAUUUUCAUAACCGUGAGGAAGCAAGUGAGACGCAUCGCAGCAUUACGCAGUGCUUUAGAAGCGCAAGCUAGGCAAAAUUCAGCUAUGAGACGUGAAGCGAAAAAGGCCACUUCGAUUUUCCUGCUCAUUUUUCUGUUUGUGCUUUGCUGGAUGCCAAUUCACAUUUUGAAUUGCUUGCAGCAGUUCAGUCCACACUUCACAGUGCCAUCGCCACUUAUUUUGACAGCAAUCAUCCUUUCCCAUGCCAAUUCAGCCAUUAACCCUCUGCUCUAUGCCUACAGGAUGAAAUCAUUCCGUCAGGCUUUCAAAGCCAUUUUUCUUUGUUGUCGCGUUACUCCUCCACUGUCUGAUACUACUGACAGCAUUGGGACUUCAAAAAAAAACACAAACGCAAGAUAAUAUAGGCAUGUGCAACAGUAGUCUUACUAAGAAACUACUUAUAAGAAGAAAUAGUGAGAGAUUCAUGUAACAAAAUACUUGGUAUAUAAAAGCUUACAUAAUUUUACUUGGCAAGGUUAGUGUCAGUGUUUUAGUGCCGUUAUUCAAAAGUCUGUAAGUAAAAUAUUGAACAGGUAAUUAGUUCUAAAUGAAUGCAAAUGAAUCCAUCCAUUUAUCCAUCCACCCAUCCAUCCAUCCAUCCACCUAUUCAUUCAUCCAUCCAUCUCUACAUCCAUUUUCUCUACUGCUUAUCCUACAAAGGGUCACAAAGGGCCAAGCCAAGUUCAAUAACGUCAUAAACUAGAGAAAUACUAUUCUGGACAGUUUAAUUGCUCGUUAUAAAUUGUGCAGUAAUGUGCAAGAAGGUAUUAUAGACAAUAUAUAUAGAUGAAUAGAGGUAUUAUGAAGGAAAAAGUACACUGUGUAGCCUUGCUACUUCUGCAUUUAUAUACACUUGCCAUGUUUAUUAGGUAAAUUAGGUAAACCUUGUACAUAAAUAAAUAUGCAAUGUUUAACUGUAAGUUCCUGUGAUAUAUGUCAUAUGUGUAUAGAGCACUGCAACAGACUGGUGUCCCAUCCAGUGUAUACUUCUUCCUCACAUUGGACUCAC